CGCACACGACACUCAAAAUAUUAUUAAAAAAAUAACCACAUAGAAUACACAUCAAAAGAUGACAGUUCAAAUUCAAAUUCCAAAUGUUCGAAUUUAGAAAUGUCCGCUGAACACGCGCGGGAAAGAGACGAACAUAACUCUGAGCGUCUGCUAUUUCGGUGACGUCGACACGGUGCAUAGCGAAAUAAUGUAUAAUGAAAAGUGGCAGUAAUUUCGAUGUGUUUACGCGCUGUGCUAGUUUAUUUGGUUAAUAGCAGUUUGUUUUUCUAAUCGGCUGCGUUUGGACCGGUGGCGCCCUCUUCGUGUCCCAUUCCCGCUCCAUAGAUACACAUGGUUGUAUUUCAUGGAGCUGUCAUAACAAUAGCGACCUCGUGGACUGGGAUUUAUUUUAGUGGAAGUACCCCUCGAGUGCGGCGUGAUGUGUGACAGUGCAACUAGUUUUUGGCGCGGAGAAACUGUGGCGGCCGUAACGCGGAAAAUUGAGCUAGCGGUGUUUUUUUCCUAACUUAACCUACGACAAUCUUCAGUUGCGCGCGAGCUGUCCCCGCACGCGCCUCGCGUAUCAUCCGACACGAAAAUCUACGAAAAUCUCCCGAAUGGACCCCGAGCCGGUGGCGAGCCCACCCGAAAUCACACUCCCAGCUCCAUGUGAGUGUGUUCAAAACGUUCCAUUUUCGAAUGCAGCGGAAUAGUCGCGACCGCGCGUUCGAUGACCUCAUAAAGUGAAACUAUUUUUUUCUUUCACUUUGCUCAAUUUUGUGAUGUAGCCAUAGUGCCUUGCUCGUACAAAACUUAUGGAAUAUUGUGAUGACAAAGUGCAAACUUAGAUAAAACUAGGACUUGUAGUGUUAGUGAACUAUUUUAUUAAUGGAGAAACAAACGACGAGGAACAUUUUAUAUGCAUAUGGACAGAUACUGCAUGGGCUCUAGGGUUGUCGCUCGAGUGCCAUGGCGGAGUGCUCAUUCGCGCGGUGCCAACAGGAACGUCGCGCGAUACGCAAGGAGCUGCAGCGCUGGACUAAGAAUAUGGUCUAUAUAUUGGGUCUAGAACGGGUGGCGGAGGAGUUGAUGGGUCGAAGAAAAUGGAAACUAUAUCAGGACGCGUUAAUACCAAAACGAGGGGAGGCAGAAUUAUCGAGCGACGAGGAAUCGGUCCAAACGGACCCUCCACCAGCCUUGAAGAUCAAGACCAUAGAACAGAUCAACGAGGACGAAGCAAAGGAAGAAAGAGUGGAAGAGAAGGUGCCUCGAAGGCCAGAAACUAUUCUAGAGUCAUUGAUCAAAAGACCUGCUACCCAACCGAAGCUGGAAGUAGCCGAGGAACCAGCAGAUUGGAAGCCGCAGGACAAAUGUUACUUCUGUACGGAUGGUGAGCCGGGAGGAGGCGAGAACAGGCCAACCGGCGCUAUGAGUCCCGCGUCGGAGUCAGACAGCAGUUCGGUGUCGGGCGCAAAAAGCCCGGCCUCCGCGCCGCCGCUGCUGCAGCACCUCCUCCAACUACAACUGCAGGCGCAGAACCCUCAGACUAUAGCACAGGGCUACACGGACAUGUGUGUGCAGUUUCAGCAGAUGCUGACAGCCCUGGCCGCGCUGGGCAGCGGGCUGGUGCCGCCGCCGCCGCUCUCGCAACCCUGGAUGAUGCAGCGGCUCGUUCACAGGCAGACUGAUAGGCCUCCAGAGGUGGGUGAGAAGGCGCCGGCGUCUUCAUCCCCCAACCUUGCUGAGCAGCCGCUCGAUCUGAGUGCCAAGUCCACCUCCAGCACAAGUGGAACUCCUCCACCUGAUAACAAGCACUUGGAUAACAGAUUGAAGCGCUCCGCUCUCGACGGUGCCAGCAAUAGCUCGGGUCGCCGCGCGUACACCGAGGACGAGCUCCAGUCUGCCGUGCGUGACAUCCAGUCUGGCCGGCUGGGCACGCGGCGAGCUGCCCUCAUCUAUGGCAUCCCGCGCUCCACCCUGCGCAACAAACUCAACAAGUUCGGCACUCCCGUCGAUCAAGUCGAUUCAGAUAAUGACAGCGAUGCCGAGCGUCCUGACUCGCCUCCUUCAGUCAUCCUCAAAAUACCAACAUUCCCCCCACCAGAUGACAAAAGUCCCUCCCCAGCUGGACAAAUACAAGCGCCCAUCACUCCGAUAACACCGAUGCUCCCUACUGCUCAACCAUCACUGAAGGCGCCCUCGCAGCUGCUGCUCCCACCCUCCGUGUUUGCUGACCCUCCCUCAACACAACACCUGUUUACGUCUCUCAGUGACGUCAUCGCUAAAAGCAUCAGCCAAAAGUUCCAGCAACCUUUAGAUAGGCCUCACCAUCAACCCAGUGACCUCAUGUACCCACGAGGACCUGAUAGACACGUCUCAGUCAUUAAAACGCCACCUGAUAACCAGCGCUACGCCGCGCCAGGUAACUCCAAAGCCACUCCCAAUAACAACGGGCAGCCAGCCACUGGAGGCAAGGGCACGCGACCCAAGCGUGGCAAGUAUAGGAACUACGAUCGCGACAGCCUCGUGGAGGCAGUGAAGGCAGUGCAACGCGGAGAGAUGUCAGUGCAUCGCGCCGGCUCAUACUACGGUGUGCCACACUCCACGCUCGAGUACAAGGUGAAGGAACGUCACCUGAUGCGGCCACGGAAGCGUGAGCCCAAGCCACCACAAGAUACUGCUAAGCCACAGCCACCAAAGCCACCGCCACCGAAACCGCCAACGAAGCCGUUCUCCAACGGUCUCAACGGCCCGGAGGCUCCGGGCUACCCGCCUGGCUAUCCAUAUUGGCCUGGCACUGGGUUCCCACCACCACCAGCUCCCGACUUGUACGCCUCGCACAUGAUGCGACGACUGCGCGAAGAAGCGCCACCACCAGCCAAUGGCUCGUUUCUGGAGGGCAUCAUACGAUCCAGCCUGGAACGACCCGCGCUACUGCAGCGGCUAGCAGCGCCACCUGGUGGCGAGGUGGUGCGACGCGCGCCCACCAGCGACGGCGACGAGCCGCCCGCGCGCCGGCCCCGGCUAGACAGCUCGGACCAGGCGCUGGCGGCCGAGAUGCGCGAGGCGGUGCAGCGACUGCGCGCGGACAAGCUGCGGCCGCGCAACGGUACGCCGACGCCGCCGCCCGCGCCCCCGGCCGAGCCCCCGCCGCCGCCGGCCUGCGGACGGCGAGCAUGGGUGGCUCCCUAG